UGAAACAGCUUUUCUGGCGAGAGAAUCCAUUCUUCAUCUCUCGUCUCACUCCACCGCAAGAUUCUUGGCUUCUUCUUCCUCCACAAGCCUCGCCGCCCUUUACCCUAUUCACAUUCCUGUCGCGCUCUCUUCUAAGUUGAGAUCUUCGCUCCGUAAUGUUGAAAUCUUUGGUGCAUUUUCCGGUUUUUAAUCUAUUUGUCCUUUUCUCCUUGAAAGCUUCAGCAAUUCAAAAUAUCGUCUUUUUGGAAUCGAUCGGAUUCCGAAGCCCUGAUUUAAGCUCCGGAUUGGAAAGAGCUAUCGAUCGACGGGCGGAUGGAGCAGCGGCCGCGGCGGCGGUCUUGGGGGCUUCUGGCGGCGAUAGCGUCGUUGAUUUGGUCGGUGCGAUGUGCGGGGGGGAUUGGGGCCAACUGGGGGACGCAGGCGAGCCACCUGCUGCCGCCGAGCACGGUGGUGCAGAUGCUGAAGGACAACGGGAUCGACAAGGUGAAGUUGUUCGACGCGGAAGCCGGGCCGAUGAACGCCCUGGCCAAGACCGGGAUCCAGGUCAUGGUCGGGAUCCCCAACGACAUGCUCGCCGGCCUCGCCUCCGACGAGAAGGCGGCUGAGAGGUGGGUGUCCAAGAACGCUUCCAAAUACAUUGACGACGGAGUCGAUGUCAGGUUCGUCGCCGUCGGAAACGAGCCUUUCUUGGCGUCAUACCGCGGAAGUUUCCUCCGGGCGACCCUGCCGGCGCUUCAGAACAUCCAAGCAGCUCUCAUCGCCGCCGGGUUGAGCAACCAGGUCAAGGUCACCGUCCCUCUCAAUGCCGACGUCUACGAAUCAUCGACCGGCAAACCCUCCGGCGGCGAUUUCCGGGCCGACAUCCACGAUCUCAUGCUCUCGAUCGUCAAGUUCCUCAGCGACAAUGGCGCGCCUUUCACUGUCAACAUCUACCCGUUCAUCAGUCUCUACGACGAUCCCAACUUCCCCGUCGACUACGCCUUCUUCGACGGCUCUUCCUCCUCCAUCGUCGACGGCUCACUGACCUACUCCAACGUCUUCGACGCCAACCACGACACGCUUGUAGCCUCCCUGUGGAAGAACGGCUUCGGCAACCUUUCCAUAAUCGUCGGCGAGGUCGGCUGGCCUACCGACGGAGACAUGAACGCGAAUCCGCGGACCGCGCAGCGAUUCAACCAGGGCUUCCUGCGCCACAUUUCCGGCGGCAACGGCACGCCGUUGAGACCCGGAAAUGUGGAGGCGUAUUUGUUCAGUCUCGUCGACGAAGACGAGAAGAGCAUCCAGCCGGGGAACUUCGAGCGGCACUGGGGCGUUUUCUCCUUCGACGGCAGCCGGAAGUACGAGCUGAACCUUCGCCCGGCGGACUCGAAUUCUUCUUCUUCUUCGCUGGUCGGAGCGAAGAACGUCAAGUACCUCGACAGGAAGUGGUGCGUCCUGAAGUCGACGCCCAACCUCAGCGACUCCCAGAUCGCUCAGAGCAUGAGCUACGCCUGUGCCAAGGCCGACUGCACGAGCCUCGGCUACCGGACCUCGUGCGGCGAUCUCGACGCCCAGGGAAACAUCUCGUACGCAUUCAACAGCUACUACCAGAAGAACGACCAGGGCUGGAAGGAGUGCGAAUUCUCGGGCCUGGGGACGGUCACCGAGAAGGACCCCUCGACUGCGACGUGCAAGUUUGAGAUCAUGAUCGACGUCGGCGGAGCAGCGCGCCCGGGAACGACGACGGCGGUGGGGUUUGGGCUCAGCAUGUUCCUGUACGUGGCUCUUCCGUUGACCUUGACGUUAGCAUGAGAUGGGAGAAUUGGGGGUGCUGCAAUUCUUGUGCUGGUUGUGCAAUUGAGUUGACUUGUUUCUCUCGAUAUGUUUGGCUACGAUAGUGUUGCAAAAUAAAUUUUUGGUUGUAGGGAUUUGCGUAUCUAUCUCUUUGUCACGUUUACUUUGGAGCGUGGCUGAAGCAGGAAUUUCGUGUUAGUUUUAGGAUGGAUUGAUAGAGAUAUCUGGGAGCAAAGG